UGCAGGCUUCGAGAAUGGCCGGCGCCUCAACGUCCAUUACGUAAGGGUCUGAGUUUACUAAGAAAAGGAAAUCCCUACUACUUGGUUAGCCCGUCGUCAAAGAUGAGUACUAACACGAGACCAUGGACACAACAAACCCCUCCAACUUCUGGGAGCCCAGGUCGGACCCUUCAGCGACAGAUCCCAAUACGGCCUUCCCUCUUGAAGGCCGCGAUAUACUUAGUAUACCACAAGCCGAACUGAUCUUGGCCGCAGAGACAGCACCUACGAUUCAUGCCUUGGAUAGGAACAGAGUCAGCCGAAUCACCCGCGGCCUCGUUAUCAAAUCACAUACGUAUACACUUCCUUCGGAGGUGAAUGCUAUGGAAUUGGUCGCGGAAAAGACAUCGAUUCGUGUUCCGAAGGUUCAUCGAUCCUUUUUUGUUCAAUCUUAUGGCCUGUUCCAAAGUUUAGGCUACAUUGUCAUGGACUAUAUUGAUGGUCUAUCCUUAGACAAAUGCUGGGAAACACUUCCACAAUCCACACGCGAUGAUAUAAUCCAUCAGGUUGCAGACAUGAUAGCGCAGCUACAGUCUGUCCAAUUACCCACACCAGGUCCUCUAGGCGGUGGGCCUAGCCAAGGAAAAUGGUUCACGCCAUACGGUGCUGGUCCGUUCACUGGACCUCUAGAUUUGGAGAAAUACUUCAACGAAAGGCUGCAGAUAGCCAAAAACUUUAGCAGAGUCUCCAAGAGCAUACCUCCCUUUAAUUUAGAAACUUCCAUAUUCGUCCUUACACAUCUGGAUAUAGCACCACGCAAUUUAGUUCUCGAUUCUGACGGCAAGGUCUGGCUGAUUGACUGGGCCAACAGUGGUGCAUAUCCUCCCAUGUUGGAGAUCGCAACACUCGUGGCUGACCAGGAGAAAUGCAAAAGCUUCUAUGAAACGCUUCUCCAAAAAGUAAGACGCGAUGAAGAUGCAAUUGAGCAGUUCAUGAGCGGUAAUUCCGUUAAAGACGUUGCCGCAUUACACCAUAUCGACAGGAUAGAGACCUGGGCAACGACUCGAAGCAAUCCUCCGCCUAUAGAUCCUGAUUAGGACUUCGAUGUGGAGAGCCUCUUGGCAAGGACGUUCAACCCAUGACGUGCAGACAUCAUGCCACAUCGAUGGCAUCAAAUUAGAAUAUAGGAAUAGCCCCUGCCAAGUGACUGACAUGAGCGGAUUCACCAUAUGUCAUG